AUGAAGCAUUCGUUUGAUACCCCUCAACGAGGUAAUAGUAUACACCAUUCAUUUGGCAACCCUAAUGCAUCAAAUACAACUCGAUCGACAAUAAAUAUUGUUGAAAGUCCCGACAAUAGAGGAUCAAUAAUAGCUACAACUGAACCAUCAUCACCGCCGCCACCACAACAACCCCUCAAAGACUCAGGUUCAAGUCCUAGACGAAAAUUCAAUCCAUUUGGACAUUCUCGUUCCCAUUCUCAUACUUCUAAUAACGGCAAACGAUUGUUUUAUCCAGUGCAUCAUGAUGGAAGGUAUCAUAAUAUGAAUGAUCAAUAUCCACCAAUAUCGACAGUUUCACAAUCAAUGCAUCCAUCUUCGCCAGUUCCUUCUUCACCUACACCUACACCAGCACCAGCACCUACAACCACAUCUAGCAGCAAACCCAAAAGAGAGCAAUCGCUAAGAUACUAUAUACCCCGAGAUACCCCACCACAAACCCCACCAAUGAGUCAACUUCCGAAACCUGUGGGGAAACUGCCCCAACCUAAUUGGACAAACUUGAUCCCACCACUACCGGGGAAACCACAACCAUCAUAUAAUUCUCCUGAUAGUUUUCAGCAACAGAAACAGAAUAAACUAAUCGAUACCGAUGAUUUCAAUUUUGGCACUGAACCAAUAAUAUCGUCACCAGAACUGUCGUCAAGGCAACACCCUGACCCGUUGUCCAAUCAAUCGAAUUUUAAUAAUAAUACUAUCAAUAAUUAUAGUAAUUAUAGAUCAUCAACACGAUCAGGGUUAGACCCUUCUCAAAGACAUUCAAUAGCAGUUUCCCCGACCCCGGAAAAACAAGAUUCAGCAACUCAAUCGACCGACACGAUAAAUACCAGUUCAAUUCGCCCAGUACCCUCAGUAUACGUAGCAGGCUCAUCAUCUUCAUUACCACAUAAACAACAACAACAACAAGAACCAUCAUCACCUUCAAAACUGGAAAGGAAACCAGGUCGUAAGAAAAGUCGUAAAGUUUGUGCCAAAUGUGGAUUGGAAAUCACCAGUCAGUUUGUUCGAGCUUUAAAUAACGCUUACCAUGUUGAUUGUUUUACUUGUCAUGAAUGUGGCAAACAAUGUUCUGCAAAAUUCUUCCCCUACGAAAUCACUAAUGAACAAGAUGGCACGAAAACUCAAGUGGCAUUAUGUGAAUAUGAUUAUUUCAAGAAGUUAGACCUCAUUUGUUAUGUUUGUAACUCAGCUUUGAGAGGUCCAUAUAUCACCGCAUUAGGUAACAAGUAUCAUUUAGAACACUUUAGAUGUAAUGUUUGUCAACGAGUAUUUGAGUCAGACGAGAGUUAUUAUGAACACGAUAACAACAUAUAUUGCCAUUUCCAUUAUUCUAAACUAUAUGCCAGUCAUUGUGAAGGGUGCCAAUCGUCAAUUGUCAAACAAUUUGUGGAAUUGUUCAGAGGUGGCCGAAACCAACACUGGCACCCAGAAUGUUAUAUGGUACAUAAAUUUUGGAACGUUUGUAUUACUCCAGAUUCAGUUGGUCUCCAAAAAUUGUUUGAUUUACCAGAUGAUGUUCUCAAUGGAUUAAAGUUGGUAAAAGAUGACAACGAAAGCCACAUUUCGGUUGAUUCUGCCAUGCUCAUGUCUAUUGAACAACAAAUCGAACAAGUGGUGUUGAAAUGUUGGGUCACGCUUUCUGGAUAUGAGGAGAUAACUGCCAAGUGUAUAUCCGAUAUGUUAUUAUGUGCUUGUACUGGUAACAAAUUCAACGGUAUAGUGGUAACUGGGAAAUUGGUUCUAAAUGUCGAAGUUUUGUUUAAUGCGUUGGAUUAUGUGAUUCUUAUGUGCAAAAGUUCACAUGAGUUAUUGCAUAAAAAGUUUGGUACUCCUCCUAAUAAGGAUGACCUGGAGUCCUCAAGUACAGAAGAAGAGUAUUUUCAAAUGUUGAAAAAAGAACCAAGAAAUAUCACGGGUAAAAUUAUGAGUUAUCUUGCCAUAUUGAGAAAAUCAGACCACAUAGCCAAAUCAGGGAGCCUUUCCGCUGAACUACUUUCAGUGAUUACCGGGUGUGCCCAUUACUUGAAGCUAUUAAUUCGACUUGGAUUAUAUAAUGCAUUGAAAUUGAACAGAUUGUACGGGACCACUAAUGCUAUAGAAAAGUUUUUACAAUUAACAUCAGAACACGAAGCUAUUAGUUUAUUAGCUGGUGAUAGCAAGACUCAAUUGAGUUUGAUCAAUUCCAAAUUGACGAUUCCAGCAAGUUCGACAGAUGCAUGCAGCUCAUGUGCUAAGAGUAUUGAAAAAUCGUGUCUUAAAUUAGAUAAUAAUCGUUGGCACGUUAGAUGUUUUGUUUGUUCCUUGUGUAAGAGAACAAUUCCCUCAAUAGAAGCCAGUGAAACCAAAUUUGAUGUAAUUCAUCAAUCGAUUGUUUGUCGAGAAUGUCCAUGUGAGCAUUUUGAUACCGGGUUCCAUUUGGUGUCUGAUUUAUCACAAUUGAUAUACUUGUUGAAAAUAGCAUUGUUUAGAUCACGUUCAGUCAUGAAAGUGGAUUUGACAAAAGUACCCAGAAGCUAUCUUUCGGACUCACAAUCAGACACUGAUACUGUUGAUGUUGCUCAAGAUAAUUAUUCACAAACCUUGAAUGACGUGACAAGUUUAAGAAGCAAACGACAGAGUCAAAAAUUAUCCAAAUCUAUCAAAAAGAAAGCUAGAAAAUCAAUCAUUGUGGAGGCACCAGAAGCUGACAAGGCAAGAAAGGAAGAUAUCAAAACACAUCCUUUAGGUAUGAAAAGUAGUGGUGUGGGAACCAAUGACACAUCAAGGUCUAGCGGUAUCAAUGAUGAAACUACCAUCGCUGACGAGUUGAAUGAUUUAAGUUUUGAUAGUCAAACAUCAAAGCAACAAGGAUCAAGAAAAACAAGCAGUGCAUCACAGCUAUCAUAUAAUCCUGGUGGUGAUGAGAACCUUUCGGUAACCCGUAAAUCACUCAAAAUACGAGAUGAACCUCAAAGGCAAACCACAAAUACUCAUCUUGAUAGAACAUCUGAUUUGUUAAAGAAUGAGAAAUCAUUAACUUUAGAUGAUAUACCAAGAAUUGUUGCUGCAGAACAAGCAAGAGAACAACGACCAAAUGCUUUCAAACACCAUAAUAGUUUAUACCAACGUCAAACUGCUCCUCACCGACUCAAAGCUACUGGUCAUACUUCUACUGUUAUUACCCCAACUGGUGUAUUGGAUAAUAUUUUGAACACAUCACAACCACAUCCUGAAGAACCAGUUGCUGUCAGAAAGCAAAAGUAUUAUUCAGAGUUGACCAAAGAUGAGCAUUUCAUUAUUCGUCAUAUCGCAGUGGAAGCUCUUAGUCACAUAAGUAAGAGUUAUUCCAAUAAAGAAGAGUUGUUGUCAUUGAUUCAAACAAAAAAGCAACCUACAUUUUGGGACAAGUUCAAGUUUGGAGGCGGCGAUGGUAAAAAGGAUAAAGUUAUGGCAGUGUUUGGAGUUGAUUUACAAGUAUUGACGAAAAAGUAUGGUAUUGAUUCAGAUUUAGGUGUAGGACCUUCGAAACUAAGGAUUCCUAUUGUUGUGGACGACAUUAUUGCUGCAUUAAGACAAAAGGAUAUGUCAGUUGAAGGUAUUUUCCGUUUGAAUGGUAAUAUCAAAAAGCUCCGUGAACUUACUGAACAAAUCAAUAAAAAUCCCUUGAAAUCACCUGAUUUUAGUAUUCAGAAUGCUGUUCAAUUAGCUGCUUUAAUGAAAAAAUGGUUACGUGAACUACCUAAUCCGUUGUUAACAUUUGGUCUUUAUGAUAUGUGGGUUUCGUCUCAACGACAAGUCAACCCCGUUUUGCGUAAACGAGUUUUACAAUUGACAUAUUGUAUGUUACCUAGAAGUCAUCGAAACUUGGUUGAAGUAUUGCUUUACUUUUUCAGUUGGGUCGCCUCAUUUUCAGAAAUUGAUGAAGAAACUGGUUCUAAAAUGGAUAUCCAUAAUUUAGCAACAGUUAUAGCACCUAACAUAUUAAUUUCCAAGCAAUCAUCAAACUCAUCAUCAGGAAAUUCUUCUAAUUCCGGUACCAAUAAUUCAGAUUCACAACAAGCAUCAGGGGAUAACUAUUUCCUUGCCAUUGAAGUUGUUAAUCAAUUGAUUGAACAGCAUGAAGAGUUUAGUAUUAUACCGCUGGAUAUUCUUGAGUUUUACGAGAAAUGUGGAUUUGACAAAUUUGAUUCAACGAAAAAAGAAAUUACAACUAGAGAUGUAAUGAUAAAAAUUGACAAGGAAUUGAAAGAAAAACCUGAUUAUUUUGAUAAUUUUGAAUUGAAAAACCCUACCGGUAGUUUAACUAGUCAAGAAGUUAAACGAAACUCUGUUUCUCGAAUUGAAUCCAAAAUCCAAAAUAGAGAAUUAAAUGGUAUUAGUGAGAGAUAA